AUGAACACAGCAAUUGUGUCUGUUCCAUCUGGUGAAAUAACUGAGGGAACCAGACUGACUCUGACCUGCAUGAGUGAAGCUGACCCACCAGUACACACAUACACCUGGAUCAAGAAGAGUGGAGCUGUAGAACUGGAGUCAGGAAAGGAGAACACACUCACCUUCAGGAAGAUCCGUAUUCGGGACAGUGGAGAGUAUCUCUGUCGAGCAGCCAAUACGAUUGGUCAACAGGACUCUCCUGCUGUGUUUGUCCAGGUUUUAUAUCCUCCAAAAAACACAACAGUUGUGUCUGUUCCAUCUGGUGAAAAAACAGAGGGAAGUAAUGUGACUCUGACCUGCAUGAGUGAAGCUGACCCACCAGUACACACAUACACCUGGAUCAAGAAGAGUGGAGGUGGAGAACUGAAGUCAGGAAAGGGGAACACACUCACCUUCAGCAAGAUCCGUUCUGAGGACAGUGGAGAGUAUCUCUGUCGAGCAGCCAAUAGGAUUGGUCAUCAUGACUCUCCUGCUAUGUUAAUCAAGGUCUUGUAUCCACCACAAAACACAAGCAUUGUGUUUGCCCCAUCUGGUGAAAUAACUGAGGGAACGACAGUGACUUUGACCUGCAUAAGUGAAGCUGAUCCACCAGUACACACAUACACCUGGAUCAAGAAGAAUGGAACCGUAGAACUGGAGUCAGGAAAGGGGAAGACACUCACCUUUAGCAAGAUCCGUUCUGAGGACAGUGGAGACUAUUUAUGUCGAGUAGACAAUAAGAUUGGUCAACAUGAUUCUCCUGAUGUAACUGUUGAGGUUUUAUCUAUGGGCCUUGACCAGACCAUAUGGAUAGCAGUUCUGGUUGGAGUAGCGGUCUGUGGAGUUCUGAUUUUGCUCUGUGUCAUAUGCAGAUUGAGGCGAUCUAAACAGGUAGCUACAAACAAUACCAGGACAUCAGCUGAGGACAACCAGGAUGGAAACUAUGGCAACAUGCAGAUAAACCUGAACCCCAACACCACCCUACCUGAUGGAGUCUACCAGACUCUGAACCCCAACACGACCCAACCUGAUGCUGUCUACCAGACUCUGAACACCAACACCACCCAACCUGAUGCUGUCUACCAGACUCUGAACCCCAACACGACCCAACCUGAUGCUGUCUACCAGACUCUGAACCCCAACACGACCCAACCUGAUGCUGUCUACCAGACUCUGAACACCAACACGACCCAACCUGAUGCAGUCUACCACACCCUGAACCCCAAAAGCCAUAAGAAUUAGGUUCAUCACAAACUUCAGCAGUCUCCUCUGUU